CUUUGAUCAAAACAUGAACAAUUUUUCCAGUGGACAUGCACAUAAUUGCGGCGCGCACUCUUCUGGUGCUCCAUCAGUGCAUCAAACCCUAGAUGAGAUGGAGUUUGAGAGAGGAAUUUGGUCAGCUGCCUUGAAUGGAGAUUAUGUUGAAGUCCAGAAACAUUUAGAGAAAGGAGAAAACGCAAACGUAACUGACAGCUCGGGCUACACAGCUCUGCAUUAUGCCAGUAGAAACAAUCACCUAAACAUUUGUGAAUUGUUGCUGAAAUCAGGUGCUGAUGUUAACUGUGUAACCAAAUCAGGAGUUACCCCCCUUCAUAGAGCUGCAUACAGAGGAAACUUAGAGAUAUUACAAUUAUUACUUAAAAGAGGAGCGAGUCCUACAUUACAGGAUUGUGAUGGGAAAACAGCACUCCAUAAGGCAGUGGAAAUGGAGAAGACUGAUGCAGUGGAUGUCCUUGUUAAACAGUUUCCAGACAGUGUAUCUAUAGUAGACAAUAAAGGACAAGCUCCAAUCUCUUAUGUUAAGGACCCAAGUAGUCCACUGUACUCUAAACUAAUGCACCAGAAUCCGGGAUAAAUGGACACAUUCUUCUUUGUAUGCAGGCAUUUGUCAUGAGUUCAAGAUGAGCUUUUCUUCCAAAAACCAAGCCCUAAGGUUACUUGAUAGACAAAUAGACAUAGUAAACAAAGAAAAAAACUGUAAGAGUUUUUAAAAAUAAAUAUUGAUAUCAUGCAGUAUUUUUCUUUUAAGAAUAGUAAGAUAUGGUGA